GUGACGUCAAAUCCAUGCGCCCGGGACAUCGCUCUGACGCCCCUGUGGCUCUGCAGCGUGUACGAGCGGCCCGCUGUGUGCUACUUUCUCGGCUUCAGCCGGCCGUCCACCGUGCUGAGAAGUAAAGCCACGUUUGCUAGCUGGUAACACCGACCCGCAGAGGACAUAAACAUGGCUUACACGCAGAUACUGCGAGCCCUGCAUCGACAUUUGCCGCAAACGGCGACACUGUGCGCAGUUCAGACGUGCAGACUGGCGCGGGUCAGCCUGCUCGUCCACACGCACCGGCCACUGUCGACCGGCUGGUUCGGACCGAGCUCCCAGCGGAGACUCGGGGCUGACGCCGCCGCUGCACUGAGCUGCCUCACCCGGGCGCAGGGGCGGCGGCGUCUCUCCCUGGACGUCACGGUGAGGAACAAGAGCAGCCCCGGGGACAGAGACAGGUCCGUGUCCAGGUAUCAGGCUGGGAGCCCGAGGCCCUCGGCUGCACAGAAAGUGAAGGAUGCUGGCAGAGACUUCACCUACUUGAUAGUCGUACUCAUCGGGCUUGGAGUGACAGGUGGCCUGUUAUACGUGGUGUUCCAGGAGCUGUUUUCCACCUCCAGUCCAAAUAAAAUCUAUGGUAAAGCCUUCGACAAAGUCAAGUCAUACCCAGAAGUGAUAGGUGCAUUCGGGGAGCCAAUCAAAUGUUAUGGUGAGACUACCCGUCGAGGAAGGAGGCAGCAAGUCAGUCAUGUGGAGUACCUGAAGGACGGACUGAAGCAUAUGAGACUUAAGUUUUGCAUAGAAGGCUCCGAACCAGGUCUCAAAGGAACUGUACACUCAGAGUCAAAAGAGAACAAUGACACUGGAAAAUAUGAGUUUCGAUACAUAUUUGUGGAGGUAGACACCUACCCAAGACGGACUAUCGUUGUGGAAGAUAACCGAUAAGAGAGAUGAUGGACUCGCUGUACAAAUGUGAAAAACGUGUUUCUCAAAGGGCAGGUUUGUGUUAUUGGACAAAUAAUUAAAGUGUUAUUCACGAAUAAAAGUUGUUAUGUCUGACAUAAACAACAGCAGUUGAUUUAAACUUUGCUACGACAAUGUAGGUCAGCAUUUGGGUGGCGAGCUUUGCAAGGCUUUGUCUCUCGAAAGAUAAAAAAUGACCUUGACUCUUAUGUGUCAAUCUUAGAAAAACAAACUCAAUGUCUUUGUUUUGUCUUGGUUUUUUAUUUUUUGGGUCAAAGACCGAGGGAUGAACUUUGAAGUGGCAUGUGGUCAAAGAGGCUUUUACACUGUAAUAAAAAAUGUCUGUUAUAUGCACAGGGACGCACAAAUCAGUGUUUUAUUUUUUUAUGACAAUGUAGGGUUGAUCUUUUGGCAUUAUUGAAUUGUAUGUACGGUAUAAGUUGGGGCUUUGGCAGUAAUUAAAAAAAAAACCUGGAAAGUC